AUUUUUGACCAUUUUGUGAAGGCGGGAAGCUGAAAAGCCAAUUCUCCCUAUGAGCCUCUGUCGUCUUUCCGUUUCUUUCUUAUUCUAGGGUUUCGCUUCGCAAAUUUCAGGCCUCCCUCUCUCUCUUUCCGUCUCUUCGUCUGCUCCAUUUCCGCCCCGAAUCCUGGUAGUUUCGGUUCUGCAGUUCUCUUGCUCAGGGGCCGGAGAUGAGUCUUCGCCCGGGCUCCAACGUGUGGAUCGAACACCGGGACUUGGCAUGGGUGGCGGGGGAAGUAGUUGGUUUCGUCGGCAAGCAAGUUCAAGUACUCGUUGCUUCGAGGAAGAAGGUUUUGACAUCUCCAGAGAAGUUGUUUCCGAGGGAUCCGGAUGCAGAGGACCAUGGCGGAGUCGACGACAUGACUAAAUUGACGUAUUUGAAUGAGCCCGGAGUGCUGUACAAUCUCGAGAGGAGAUAUGCACUCAAUGAAAUUUAUACAUACACGGGAAGUAUUUUGAUUGCUGUCAACCCGUUCACAAAGCUUCCUCAUCUUUACAAUGCACAUAUGAUGGAGCAGUAUAAGGGGGCUCCAUUUGGUGAGUUGAGUCCCCAUGUGUUUGCUGUAGCUGAUGCAUCUUACAGAGCAAUGAUGAAUGAAGCUCGAAGCCAGUCCAUACUGGUCAGUGGGGAAAGUGGGGCUGGGAAGACUGAGACUACAAAAUUGAUUAUGCAGUAUCUUACAUAUGUUGGUGGCCGUGCUGCUAGUGAUGAUAGAACAGUUGAACAGCAAGUCCUUGAAUCAAAUCCACUUUUAGAGGCAUUUGGUAAUGCAAGAACUGUUCGAAAUGACAAUUCAAGUCGUUUCGGCAAGUUUGUAGAGAUUCAAUUUGAUUCGAAUGGAAGAAUAUCUGGUGCAGCUAUAAGAACAUACCUGCUUGAACGAUCCCGUGUGGUUCAGAUAACAGAUCUUGAGAGGAAUUAUCACUGCUUUUAUCAAUUGUGUGCUUCUGGAAAGGAUGCAGAGAAGUACAAGCUAGGCCAUCCAAGCCACUUCCACUACUUAAAUCAAAGCAAGACCUAUGAAUUAGAUGGAGUGAGUAGUGCGGAGGAAUACGUGAAGACUAGGAGGGCAAUGGAUAUUGUUGGUAUAAGUCACGAUGAUCAGGAAGCAAUAUUUCGCACCUUGGCUGCUAUUCUACAUCUAGGGAAUGUUGGAUUUUCUCCUGGCAAAGAGCAUGACUCAUCAGUUAUCAAGGACCAGAAAUCUAGCUUUCAUCUUCAGAUGGCUGCUAAUCUUUUUAUGUGUGAUGUGAACCUUCUGCUAGCAACUCUUUGUACCCGUUCUAUUCAAACUCGUGAGGGAAGUAUUGUUAAAGCUCUUGAUUGCAAUGCUGCUGUUGCUAGUCGGGAUGCUUUAGCAAAGACUUCCUAUGCGCGCCUCUUUGACUGGCUUGUUGAAAAGGUCAAUAGCUCUGUCGGACAAGAUCCUGAUUCCCAGAUACAAAUAGGGGUCUUGGACAUCUACGGCUUUGAAUGCUUUAAGCAUAAUAGCUUUGAGCAAUUCUGCAUUAAUUUUGCAAAUGAAAAGCUACAACAACAUUUCAAUGAGCAUGUGUUUAAGAUGGAGCAGGAGGAGUAUCGCAAAGAAGCAAUUAACUGGAGCUACAUCGAAUUUAUAGACAACCAAGAUGUUUUGGAUCUAAUUGAGAAGAAACCUAUAGGGAUAAUUGCUCUUCUGGAUGAAGCUUGCAUGUUCCCAAAAUCAACACAUGAAACAUUUUCAACCAAGCUGUUUCAGCAUUUCCGGGCCCACCAAAGGCUUGAAAAGGCAAAAUUUUCGGAAACAGAUUUUACCAUUUGCCAUUAUGCUGGCAAGGUCACUUACCAAACAGAUACCUUUCUGGAGAAGAAUCGUGACUAUGUUGUUGUGGAGCAUUGCAAUUUAUUGUCUUCCUCCAAAUGUGAUUUUGUUGCUGGUCUUUUCCCUCAACUACCAGAGGAAUCUUCAAGAUCAUCAUAUAAAUUUUCCUCUGUGGCCUCUAGAUUUAAGCAACAACUUCAAGCACUGAUGGAUACACUCAAUACAACAGAGCCUCAUUACAUCCGCUGCGUGAAGCCAAACUCUUUGAACCAGCCUCAAAAAUUUGAGAAUAUGAGCAUCUUACAUCAGCUACGCUGUGGGGGUGUUUUGGAGGCUGUUAGAAUAAGUUUGGCUGGCUAUCCCACUCGGAGGGCUUAUUCGGAAUUUAUAGACCGUUUUGGAUUGUUAGCUUUGGAAUUUAUGGAUGGAAGUUAUGAUGAGAAAAGUGUGACACAGAAAAUUCUACAAAAGUUAAAGCUUGAGAAUUUCCAAUUGGGCAAGGGCAAAGUGUUCCUGAGAGCUGGACAGAUUGGUGUUUUGGAUUCCCGACGGGCGGAGGUUUUGGAUAAAUCUGCAAAGUGUAUUCAGGGUAGAUUUAUAACAUUUAUUGCUCGCAAGAAUUUUUUUGCAACGCAGGCUGCUGCAUUUGUUCUUCAGGCUUACUGCAGAGGUUGCCUGUCGCGAAAGCAGUAUGUAGCAAAACGAGAGGCAGCAGCUGCUACUUCAAUACAAAAAUAUGUUCGUGGUUGGCUAUUAAGGUGUACCUAUACAAGAUUUUAUUCUGCGGUUGUCUUUAUACAAUCCAAUAUCCGUGGUUUUUCAACCCGUCAAAAAUUCUUGCACAGAAAGGAACAUAGAGCUGCUACUGUAAUUCAGGCUUGGUGGAGAAUGUGCAAGGUGCACUCCGCUUUCUGUCAUCGUCAGGCUUCUAUCAUAGCUGUACAAUGUAUGUGGAGACAAAAACUGGCAAAAAGAGUGCUUCGGAGGCUUAAACAGGAGGCUAAUGAAGCAGGUGCCUUGCGCUUGGCGAAGAGUAAACUUGAGAAGCAGGUUGAAGAUCUCACUUGGCGGCUGCAUUUAGAGAAGAGAUUACGGGCAUCAAAUGAAGAGGCAAAGUUAGUAGAAAUAUCAAAGCUUCAAAAAGCAUUGGAAUCUAUGCAUCUUGAGUUAGAUGCAGCCAAGUUGGCUACUGUAAAUGAGUGCAACAAGAAUGCUGUGUUGCAAAAUCAAUUGGAAUUGUCAGUUAGAGAGAAAUCGGUUUUGGAAAGGGAACUCAUUGCAAUGGCAGAAUUGAGAAAAGAAAAUGCAGUUUUAAGGAAUUCUAUGGAUGCAUUCGAAAAGAAAAACUCGGCACUGGAGCUCGAGCUUGUCAAGGUUCAAAAUAAUAGUAAUGAUACCCUUGAGAAGUUGCAGGAAGUCGAACAAAAGUGCACACAACUUCAACAAAAUUUGCAAAGCUUGGAGGAGAAGCUUUCGAACUUAGAAGAUGAAAAUCAAGUUCUACGUAAAAAAACAUUGAGUGCAUCUCCAAAGAGGAACCGUCCUGGGUUUGCCAAGUCAUAUUCUGAAAAGUACUCUGGUGCACUUGUUCUUCCCCAAAGUGACCAGAAAUCUAUGUUUGAAUCACCCACUCCUUCAAAAAUUAUUGCGUCACAUGGCUUGUCUGAAUCACGUCGAUCAAAGUUAACGAUUGAAAGGCACCAGGAGAAUUAUGAAUUCCUCUCAAGAUGUAUUAAAGAAGAUUUGGGGUUUAAUAAUGGUAAACCAGUAGCAGCUUGUAUCAUAUAUAAAUGUCUUCUUCACUGGCGUGCCUUUGAGUCUGAGCGGACUGCUAUUUUUGAUCAUAUAAUUGAGGGAAUUAAUGGAGUUCUGAAGGUGGGAGAUGAGAAUGUUACUUUGCCAUAUUGGUUGUCUAAUGCUUCAGCACUUCUGUGCCUCCUCCAGAGGAAUUUACGAUCAAACAACUGUUUGGUUACAACUUCUCAACGUUCUGCAGGGUCUUCUGGGUUGCCUGGGAGGGUUGCACAGGGUCUAAAAUCCUCUUUUAAAUUUUCUGGGUUUGAGGAUAGUAUGUCGCAUUUAGAAGCACGGUAUCCGGCUAUACUAUUUAAACAACAAUUAACUGCUUGCGUAGAGAAGAUUUUUGGCUUGAUUCGUGAUAAUUUGAAGAAAGAAAUAUCCCCACUAUUGGCUUCUUGCAUUCAGGCUCCCAAAACACGGAUGCAUGCUGGGAAGUCAUCUAGAUCGCCAGGUAAUAUUCCACAGCAGUCACAGAGUAGUCAGUGGGAUAGCAUCAUCAAAUUCUUGGAUUCUCUUAUGAGUCAUUUGUGUGGAAAUCAAGUACCUUCAUUUUUUAUCCGUAAGCUCAUUACCCAGGUUUUCUCUUUCAUUAACAUAUCGCUUUUCAACAGUCUUCUACUGCGACGCGAAUGCUGUACCUUUUCAAAUGGAGAAUAUGUGAAGUCAGGUCUAACAGAACUGGAAAAAUGGAUAGUCAGUGCAAAAGAAGAGUUUGCAGGAACUUCUUGGCAUGAGUUAAAUUAUAUCCGGCAAGCUGUUGGGUUUCUGGUGAUACAUCAGAAGAGGAAAAAGUCUCUGGAAGAGAUCAGGCAGGAUCUUUGUCCAGCUUUGACCAUUAGGCAAGUUUACCGAAUAAGUACCAUGUACUGGGAUGACAAAUACGGCACUCAGAGUGUCUCAAAUGAGGUUGUUUCUCAGAUGAGGGAGAUUUUGAAUAAGGAUACUCAAAACCUGACUUCAAAUUCAUUCCUAUUGGACGAUGAUUUGAGCAUCCCCUUCUCUACUGAAGACAUAUACAUGGCAAUUCCUGCCAUGGAUCCGUCUGGUGUUGAACUUCCAAAUUUAUUGUCGGAACAUCCUUCUGCCCAGUUUUUGGUCCAGCAUGCUGUGUGACUUUCGAGAGGCGCCGGUUUGAUUGGAACCCCAGCUUAACGUGAAGGAAGGGUGCAUGCAUUUCCAAGGUCAAAAGAGAGACCGACCAUUUACAUGUAUAUAACACAGGUCUCUAUCAAAUUAUUAAUGUAGGAUAUUUGUAGUCAGGGAAGAAUGGUCAUACUGCCCUCACUAGGGAACGUCUCCAUUUUUGGUGGUGGUUUUCCAAGCAAUUCAUUGGGGCUCAAUGAGUACGUGUAGGGUUGGUCCUCGGAAAAAAAAUAGUAGUGUAAGGUUGGCAAUGCCGUGAUCGUAUAUAGAAAUGGUAGUGGUUAAACAUGAGUAAGGCCGACCCUAUUUAAAUUGAAGCUUUGUACAUGAUGAUUCAGUCUAUGAAGGAUGCAUUCAUGUUGUAUUCAUUUCACUUCUGUUUGUUUUGUUCCCUGUGUACAUUAGACAUUCAUUUAUUUUGAUGUAAUUGGUAUCUCAUUCUUGCC